CUUGGAUUGCCCUCCUGAGCAACACCUGGCCCUGUCACGACCCGCCCAGCGCGUCCCGCACUUGUCAGACGUCCUCCGCUCGAGCCAGCGCAUCAACCGCUUGCCGCAUUUCGGGUGGUGGGCUAAAAGCCCAUUCUCCCCGUCAUGGCCCGCUUGAUUCUCAAUUGCACGCCUCACCUUACUGAAGUACCUCAUUCGACUUCACCUCCGCCGCUUCCAAAGCCAGUUGUUAUAUUGUAAGCUCAAGGACGCGCAGCAGCGUUCGCAGAUCAUUAAUAUCGUGCAGUUCUACCUACAGCAGACGACCUUAACAUGGCCGAUAUCUAUAUGCAUAGUAGUAGUAGUGCCUUUGCGAUACUUGAGCAGGCUCGUUUAGAAUUCUGGAACAGCAAUGCCCACCUCACGGAGGAGCAGCGCCAGGAGGCCUGGGCGACAGCCUCGCUGUACCCAAACACGGCCUUCGACACCCCCGCACAGCCCUCGAUGGCCCACCAGAUCCCCCGGACGAUGCCCAAUAGCAUGACGAGCUUGUCACAACUCCCAGUAUGGACACAAUCUUUGGUCCAGAUGGACCGCACACAGUCCGCCCCGGUCUCGCGUCCCCGGUCCGCCGCGAUCCCAGAGCCCCUCGACCUCCAGCGCUCAGCAAGUGACUUUGGCCUCUGGCCCGUGACCUCCGCCGAGCCGGCUAGCGACUACGCACUCUACUCGCAGCACACGAUGCGCGCCCAGGCCAGUCUCCAGGUGAUCCCUGAGACGACGGUUGAGUACACUCCUGGUGACUACGUCCACAGCUGUAUCGAGGCGUCGUCGCCCUCAGUGCCCUUUCAAAACAUGCACGUGCAACUAACCCCCCAAUGGGGCCAAUCGUCAGAUUGCUCCACCUCGCCCAGCACCCCUCAGACUGCGCUGAUGACUCCUGUUACUCAAUCUAGUAGCGCCAUGAGUCGUCAGAGCAGUCUGAACACCUCUUUCCUUGACGAGUCUUGCGUGCGCGUUCCGUCUGAUUUGUCGUUUAUGCCUAUCCUCCCCGAGGAUAGCGCGCUUUCCUUUUCAUGUAUCAAUGGAUCGAAGUUCGAUCCACAUUUCCUUUCCUUCACUGGCCCUGUCGCCAGUGAAACCGUCUUCUUUCCUGCCCUCUCUUCGUCUGUUUCUCCCGCAAGUGCACACGCACUUGCGUCUCCCGCGCACACGUCGGACCUGGCGGAGGAUAUGCGGAGGUCGACAUCGCACGCCUCGCAGCGCAGCCACACCAGCCUCAGCAGCAGCAGCACCAGCACCAGCGGCAGCGAGUCCUCGACCUCGCCGCCGCGCCACUCCCAGCGCGCGCGCGAAAUCAACUCCGCAGCCAGCCGCCCGCUCGCGCCCAAGUCCCUCUCCCCCGACACCCCCCCCUCCGCGUCCCCGACAACCACGCAAAUCGCCCAUCCGGACGGGACCACCAAAACCGUCGCCCUGCUCCCCAAAACCCCUUACAUCCGCCCCUCGCACCCCAAGAUCCUGUGCGCGCAGUGCAACGCGCGCCCCGCGGGCUUCCGCGGCACGCACGAACUGGACCGCCACGUUGCGCGCGCCCACGCCGCCGUGCGCAAGGGCUACAAGUGCGUGGCGCCCGCGUUCGACGCCAAGUUCCUCGACGCGUGCAAGCACUGCAAGGCCGGGAAGGUGUACGGGGCGUACUACAACGCGGCUGCGCACUUGAGACGCGCGCACUUCCACCCUCGGAAGAGGGGAAGGGGCAGGGGCGAGAAGAGGGGUGGGAUUGGCGGCGGCGAUCACCCGGGGAUGGAGUGGUUGCGGCGGUACUGGAUUGUGGAGGUUGAGGUU